AUUAAUUCAAAUUACACGUAGAUAAUAUAAUAUACUAAUAAUAUUUUGAAAAAAAUAUGAGCCAUAACCCUUAGAGACGUGGCAAUAUAUAAGUAUAUGAUAUUUUAAAGGAGAAAGUGAAGGAAAAAUUAACAGUAUGUUGUGAGCCGAGUAGAGAUUGAAGAUUAAAGUAGCAAACCCAACACGAAUUCAGCUGCAAAAUUGCUCUGAUUGGAGGUUGUGUUACCACUGAUGGCUGCUCGAGUUUCUCCCAACCUUGUGAGUGGUCGGAUAUUUUUUCCAGAUCGUAAUUUAUGUCCUUCUCAGAUACUCUUCAAAUUUCCUAGACCAGUUCAACUUAGGACCCAAAGACUGACAUCUAUCUCAUGCCAAGGCAAUCCUACUUCCUCAGAUUCUACCCCUGUAACGGAAAAGCUACCUGCUGAGCCCACUUCAGUUAUUGAUAAACCUGGAGAAGUUGCGACUUCCUCUACAGAAUCUAGCUUUCCUCUAUUUCCAAACAAAGAAGUGAAUAAAAGGAUUGCUGUGAUUUCUACUGUUGCCGCAUUGGGGCUUUUCUUUUCAGCACGUUUAGAUUUUGGUGUUUCUUUGAAAGAUCUCACUGCCUUGGCAUUACCAUAUGAGGAGGCUUUAUCAAACGGAAAACCAACGGUUGUGGAGUUUUAUGCAGACUGGUGUGAAGUAUGUAGGGAAUUAGCACCAGAUGUAUACAAAGUUGAACAGGAGUUCAGGGAUCGAGUGAACUUUGUGAUGCUAAAUGUUGAUAACACGAAGUGGGAGCAGGAGAUAGACGAGUUUGGUGUUGAAGGCAUCCCUCAUUUUGCAUUCUUGGACAAGGAUGGUAACGAGGAGGGAAAUGUCGUUGGUAGGCUUCCUAGACAAUAUCUAAUGGAAAAUGUGGACGCUUUAGCACGUGGUAGUGACUCGAUUCCUCAUGCUCGUGUUGUCGGGCAAUUUUCAAGUGCGGAGGCGAGAAGGGUUCAUCAAGUCACCGAUCCAAGAAGUCAUGGAUAAGUUUACCAUAAUGCAAUCACCAUUUGAAUAGUACUUGUACUUCAUCAGUACAUGUCUAUAUGCUACUAUUACCAUGAUUUUACAUUAUACAACAUGUAAUUGCUUUGUGUGGGAAUUGUAAAGUCUUGCAAUACAAACUUGUUGAGUCAUGAUUCAUGAACGGUAUUCCGUGUAUAAGUACUAGAAGUAAAUGUUUGCUUGGUAGCGAAAAAA